AUGUUGGUUUUAUUUGAAACCCCAGCCGGCUACGCCAUUUUCAAGCUUCUGAAUGAGAAGAAACUCUCUAAAACUGAAGAUUUGUAUGAAGAUUUUGAAACUCCUGAGAAAGCCAGUAGCAUAGUAAAAUUGAAACACUUUCGAAAAUUCACUGAUACAGCUGAAGCAUUAGCCGCAACAACUGCUGCUGUUGAAGGCAAAUUAUGCAAAACUUUAAAGAAGGUACUGAAGAAAGUUGUGUGUCCAGACUUGAAAGAGCAGUUAUUAGUCGCAGAUGCAAAAUUGGGAAAUGCUAUCAAAGACAAGUUUAGCAUCAGCUGCGUAUCAAACAACAAUGUGCAGGAACUGAUUAGGUGCAUCCGAUCUCAAACUGAGAGUCUGUUAUCAGGAUUGACACAGAAAGAAUUCACAGCCAUGGCUCUUGGUUUAGCUCACAGUUUAUCCCGGUACAAGUUGAAAUUCAGUCCAGACAAAGUAGAUACCAUGAUUGUUCAAGCUGUUGGUCUCUUAGAUGAUCUGGACAAGGAGCUAAAUAAUUACAUAAUGAGAUGUCGAGAAUGGUAUGGCUGGCACUUCCCUGAGCUUGGAAAAAUUAUUACAGAUAAUAUUGCAUUUGUUAAAGCAAUCAAAGUAAUCGGAACUAGAGAAAACACAGCAAACACUGAUCUCUCUGAUAUUCUACCUGAGGAUGUUGAAGAAAAAGUGAAAGAAGCUGCUGAAAUCUCAAUGGGUACAGAAAUUUCAGAAGAUGAUAUCCUCAACAUUCAAAAUUUAUGCGAUCAGAUCAUUGAAAUUUCCUCCUAUCGGAACCAACUGUACGAGUACUUGCAAUCUCGUAUGAUGGCUAUCGCCCCAAACCUUACAGUUUUAAUGGGUGAACUGAUAGGAGCCAGACUUAUCUCCCAAGCAGGUUCCCUUGUGAAUCUUGCCAAACAUCCAGCUUCAACACUCCAACUUCUCGGUGCUGAAAAAGCUCUUUUUAGGGCUUUGAAAAUGAAGAGGGAGACCCCCAAGUAUGGGUUAAUCUACCAUGCAACUCUCAUUGGUCAAGCCAGCACCAAGAAUAAGGGAAAGAUGGCGCGUAUGUUGGCGGCCAAAGCGGCACUAGCGACCAGAGUUGAUGCCCUGGGUGAGGAUAUCAAUGUUGAUCUUGGUGGUGAGCAUCGUAGCAAAUUAGAAGCAAGGCUCCGGUUAUUAGAGGAAGGAAAUCUUCGGCGCAUCAGUGGCUCAGCCAAAGCCAAGACCAAGUUUGAAAAAUACCAUGUCAAGAGCGAAAUUAAGGAAUAUCCAAGCACAUCCGAUUCGACCAUACCAGAAAAGAAAAAAAGGAAACAUUCCCAAGCAUUUGCAGAAGAAGAAACUGAGGACGUGAAGCCCAAAAUAAAGAAAGAAAAGAACUAGGCAUUUGACAUAUUUUUAGAAUUUGAUUUUUAAUUUUUAUAAAUCCUGUUGGACUAUGUUGUCUCUGAAACAUAAACAAUCAAUGUUGUGUAUGAAUGUAAAUAUAUUAAGUCUCCAAUAAAUGGAGUUUUUUCACUGACA